ACAGGAUCGACGCCGCUCAGUGAUCGUUUCGCACGCAUCGCGUCCGUUCGUCAGUCCGCGACCGCGCGCCGUCCACCGGUCUUUUAAAUUUUAUUUUUCAUUUCUGCUCUCGUCUUCGUCCCGUCGUUUUCCGUCGGACGACCGACUACCGCCGCCGCCCCGACACACACACGCACAGCGGUCGAUCGCGAAAAAAUAUAAAAAUAGUAUUUACCGGGACCACCGGACAGGCGACGAUCCCGCGUCGUAUGUGUACGCGCGAUAAGAACGACGAUAUCCGUCGGGCGACGUGUUCCAUUAUCGGCGUAACGACUCUCUCGAUGUUGUCACUCCGUCGAUAACAACGACGACGCUAUCGCCGUCGUUUUGAAUUUACACCUCCUCGUGUAGACAGGCGCGGCGCACCGUGUCCUAUCUCUGCCCGCGAUAACGAUAAUUAUUGGUACAGCCGCCGCCGCCGCGACGAGCAGCAAGCGACCGCCGACGACGGACAGCGACAGCAGCACACCGUACUUCGAUUAUGGUCGUCAUUUUUAAACAAGAAUACGAAAAUCAAAGCAUGAGCAAUGAAUAUAGUUACUCCCGCGGAAGACCUCCUGCAGAAUCUAUUUCUCGAAUCGCAGAUUGGGACAUUAACGAUUCGAUUAUUCCAAGGGUGAGUAACUUCAAUUUAUGGGAAGAAUGGGCUGACGGGCAUUGUCGCUUGGUAUACCCACCUAAUUGCGAAGAAGCAAAGAGACACGCUUCUGGAUGGGCAAUGAGAAACACCAACAAUCACAAUGUGCACAUACUAAAGAAAUCGUGUUUGGGUGUUCUGCUAUGCUCGAGAAGGUGUAUACUUCCUUCGGGAGACACUGUUCACCUAAGACCAGCUAUAUGUGAUAAGGCUCGAAAAAAGCAACAAGGUAAACCGUGCCCGAAUAGACAGUGUCAUGGUCACUUAGAAAUAAUGCCUUGUAGAGGACACUGUGGUUACCCUGUCACACAUUUCUGGAGGCAUACAGAGUAUGCAAUAUUUUUUCAAGCCAAAGGUGUUCACGAUCACCUGAGACCUGAAGCCAAGUCUACUUCAGAAGCACGAAGAAGCUUUGGCACCAGCCGCAAGAUUCGAAACUUCGGCAUGAUCCUACCUCGCGAUGUUCCUUUCAAUAAUAAAGUAUUAAAUUUAAAAAAUCAAAAACAGAAAGCUGCUAUUAGUAAUGCAAGUCGCAAACAGCAGUAUUUAAGUACACAAUUAUCUCAAGAGUUGAUUGCAGAGAACCAAAGUAUGAAUUCUUCCGGUUGCUCGUGUCUUCCUUAUUAUUGCGUUUGCAACAAUAAUAACCGCCUGGCUCCCGGGCCAGAACCAGCGACGGCCAUCCUCCAGCAUCAGCAAGCCGCUUAUCCCUCUCACCACCACCACCACCACCACCAUCAUCGCCAUCACCAUAACAACAACAACAACAACAAUAGUAGCAGCAGUAGCAGUAGCGAUGACGAUAUACACCACCAUAACCACCAAGACUGGUCGUCGGGACUGCAAAACAACUACCACGUCCUGCAACAGUUGCAGUCGGCCGAACUGCCGCCGUCGUCGUGUUCCUCGUCCGCGAUCGUCCAAAACAUGUCCGCCGUGGACUUCGGGUUCGUGACGGGGCCGCAACCCGCGUCGGCGGUCUACUGUCAACCGAUGCAGCCUACGUCCGACGACGACGACGUGUUCCAGUUGCAGCACGCGGACGGGCGUUCGUCGGACGCGGCCGUCGCUACUUCCGGUUACCACAACAAGUGUUCGCCGACGACCGUGUUGGACUUGGGCAGCGGUACCAUCCACAAGAGUCCCGGGCAGUGCGGCGACAGCGGCGGCGGCGGAUGGCAACACUACCAGUCGGCCGCCGACUACCACCAUCACCAGCCGGCCGCCGCGGCGGCGGUGCUGCACCAUAACAACCACCACAACGACCAGCAACAGCAGUGCUACCAGCAGCAGCAGCAAAUGCUGCAGCAGCAGAGUUGCGGUGACGGCGUCGUCGGCUACCAUCAUCACGCCGCCGGCCAGCAGUUGCAGCACUACACCGCCAUCAAGACCGAGGACUGUCCGGACUCGUUGGAUCUGAUGGCGUACUCGUCGAUGGCACCGCACGACGCGGUGGAUUACUACGGACAGCUGUCUUCGUCUUCGGCCGACGCGGCGGUUUGCCUGAAGGGCGGCGUCGGCGGCGGCGGCGGCGGCAUGCACGGCGACGGGUCCUCCACCGCCGUCGCGGCGGACUUUAUCGGCGCGGACGCGUCCGCUUCUCACGCGGUCGACUACAUGGUCCUCGAUCCCGGCAAACUGUUGUUGGCCAACAACAAUUUCUACGUGGACUCGGCGUACUGCGGCGGCGCGGAGGCCAACAACAACGUCGACGAAACCGCCGCGUUCGGCGAGUUCCAGUUGAACGCCGCCGACAUGCAUUCCUGGUCGCAGGCCAUCAAUCAAUGAACGAGCGGACCGCCGCCAAAACUGUAUACAUGAAUACUGUGCGCGGGGGCGAUCCGAAAAGCGUGUCCGGCUGGGAUACUCGUGUGAAGAGGCGCCACUUCACACGAUACGGUUUUUUUUUUUUCUCAAACUCUCGCCGCGCGUCAUGUGUACUGCUGCUCCGCCUGCGAACAAAACAGUACGCGUGUGUGUGUAUGUGUGUGAAAUAUAUAUAUAUUUAUAUAUAUACGUGAGUGCGUGUUAAAAAAGGUGUAAUUAAAAAUUGUUUGCGAGCGUGAAAUUUUUUUUUUUUUUUAUUCGAAACGUUUACAUAUAUGUGCAUAUAGAUAAUAUUAGAAAUUUGAUCAGUAGCGUAUUUUUUAUUUUGUUUCUUAAAUUUUUUUUUAUUCCCCCCCGAUUUAUUCGAUAUUGUACUUUACGUUUUUUUUUUUAAAUUUAAUUUUUUUUUCUUAUAUAUAUAUAUUUAUUUAUUUAUUUAUAUUGUAUUUAAUCCACGGGUGAUGGAUUGUACUACUCGGUUGAUAAAUUUUUUUUUUGAACGUCACCAAUCUUACCACCGGUGUACAACCUUGUUUUGUCAUACGUGUGUUACGACUGCGAGACGCAAUAUUAUUAUGCGCCGCGUCUUCGCUCCAUACGGUCGGCGGUUAGUCGGUCGACUUCUGCGACGAAAUUAAUUUAAAACGACUAUAUUAUUAUUAUUAUUAUUAUCCGUUACUAUAUUUUAUAAAGUAUUCACUUUUUGUCUCUUCUUUUUUUUCACUUGUCAAAAUGUGCUUACACGUAAGGUUUUUAUCAUUCAUAAUAUGCAUACAGAUUAUUGUUAAUUGAAAGUUUAAUUAUAAUACGUACAUGACUUGACUGGCGUUUUUUUCGAUUCUUUGACUACGUGUACUUGUUGGUUGGUGGUUUUUUUUUUUCAUUUUUACUCCACCGCACGUUGGCCAUUCGUGCGAUAUUGAAAUAAGUACGAACAGUACGGUUGAACUCUGUUAAAUAAAAAGUGGAUACUUUUAUAAUUAUACCAAUUACAAUUAUUAAAUUAUAAAAAAAGAAAACCCGUUACCUUCAGAUUUUUUUUCUAAAUUUUUCUAAAAAAAUGUUUGUAUAAGCGACCACCCAGAUUUGUUUUUAAAAUUACACGUUUAGUAGGCUUUAAAAUUUUAAAAUUAAGUUAAUUAGACGAGUCUUGAAAACUUAAUUCUUUCUAAGUAGGUAAUAUGUUUCCAUAACUUGAUAACCUAAAAAUGAUAAACAAAACUGCACAUGUAAUUUAAUAUAUUUAGUACUUAUAAAUAUCUUAUGUAUUGUAAUAAUAUUGUUUUUAUGUUUUGAUUAUCUAUUUUAUAAUAUUGUUAUAUGACUGGUUAGUUUUAAAAGUGUAACUCGCGAGAAGCAUACUACUAACUUUUAUAGAAAUACACAUCAUGCUCGUCAAACUCGAGUUACUUAUAAAUUUAUAGUUAAACUCAAAACCAUUGUUCUACGUUUUAAAUUUUAUAAUUACGCUUGUACUAAAAUCAGAGAAUUUUAAAUUGUAUUAUUAUGGUCAUAAAGUACCUAUUAAGUAGUAAACAUAUUUAAAAACUA